AAAUUGCAAAGUCCAGCUUCUCUCUUAAGAUUCUAGAGCAAUUAACUUGAUUUCUUCAGCUAAUUUACACUUAAAUAAUAGAUGUUGCAAGAAUAAAUAGGUGUUUAAUUGCAAUCUCCAAGAUUUUGUUGGUAAUAUGGCAUCAAAGAAAGAGGAAAAGAAAGUGGACGAGGUGAUAACUGCUGUCUACAAAGUGAACUUGCAUUGCCUGAAAUGUGCUCAAGAUAUCAAGAAGCCUCUCAUGACAAUCCAAGGGGUUCACAACGUGGAAUAUGAUGUGGAGAAAGCUGAAAUAAAGGUAAAGGGGGCGAUUGACGUGCUGAAAAUUCAUAAACAGAUAGAGAAAUUGAGCAGAAAAAAAGUUGAAUUGGUGUCACCUCAAAUUAAGAUUAAGGAAACUGCUGAUGUUGAGAAAAAAGUCGUCAAGGAAACCAAACAACCAAUUUUACGAACGAUAUCAGUAAAGGUUCACAUGCAUUGUGACAAAUGCGAGAACGACCUGCGGACGAGGUUACUGAAGCACAAGGGGAUUUACAACGUGAAAACGGACAAGAAGGCCCAGACACUAACCGUCCAUGGAACCAUCGAGGCAGAGAAGCUGCUUGCUUACAUACGAAGGAAGGUGCACAAGAAUGCUGAAAUUUUAACCGAGAAGAAGGAAGAGAAGAUUACAGAAUUGAAGGAAGAAAAGGCAAAAGUGGAAGAAAAGGCAAAAGUUGAAGCUAAGUCAGAUAAAAUUAUAGAAUUCAAGGAAGAAAAAAAGGUAGAAGUUAAAACUAAAGAAGGCGAUGCUCCUUACUUUAUUCACUAUGUUUAUGCUCCUCAGUUAUUUAGUGAUGAAAAUCCCAAUGCUUGUAUCAUUUUAUAGAUUAUAAAUAAAUAAAUAUUUUUAAAAUUAAA